GUGGCGUCCCACAUACUAUACAUACGCGUAGUAUAUAUAUGGAUCAAAAGUAACACUUAUUCGUCCCACACCGUAGAUUAGCUAGCUUCAACACGUAUCUAGCUGCAGGUGGCCACGCACAUCUUUUGAUCCGAUCCAUCUGAACUGAAGAAGAAUGAGUACUGGUGGCGGCACCUCAUCAAGGAAGAAGAAGCUGCUUCUUCUUUUGCUGCUCUUUGUGACGGCGGCAGAAGCACAACUGACAUGCAACGACGUCGUGACCAGCCUCUCACCCUGCCUCAACUUCGUCACGGGAGGAAGCACGGGUGCUGCUCUGCCGCCCGCGGGGUGCUGCGCCGGGAUCAAGUCAUUGUUCGCCGCCGCUCAAACCACCCCGGAUCGCCGCACUGUCUGCACUUGCCUCAAGACCGUUUCUUCCAGCGCCACCACCGCCCAAAUCGGGCGCGCCGCCAGCCUGCCCACCGCAUGUGGUGUCGCCAUACCGUACAAGAUCAGCCCUCAGGUUGACUGCUCCAAGGUCAACUGAUCCAAAUAUAUCAUAUAUAUGCAUGCUCGAAGCUGCUAUAUAUCUAGCUAAUCAAUUAAGGGUCAAUCAAUUCAAUAAUAAUGCAUUGCAGGCAUGUUAUCGAAUUUCCUUUAUUUUUCCGAUCCAUCUCCGUGUUCGCAUCUACUAAUUGCAUGCGUGGUCGAUUUUAUUUGAUGCCAAAAUAUUGUACGUUCAAAUAAUUUGUCAUCAUCAUUAUUGUUAUUAUAUUUUGUGUACCUGUUAUUGUUGUUACGGGGGCG